AUGAGUGACGUUGAAUCUAUAAGCUCAGGCUCUGACUAUAUGUCAGAUGAUUCUGUCGAAUUUGCUCCUACUGCUGUUACUAAAAAAAAAAGUAGUUCAAAACCACCUCUUUCAGACUCCACUAAUACUCCCCAAGCUUCAAAUGGAAAAAAGUCAAAUGCUUCAGAUCAGUAUCAGAAAUUAUCACAAUUGGAACAUAUAUUGAAAAGACCAGAUACUUAUAUUGGGUCUGUUGAAAGAUCUCCAAUUGAGAUGUGGUGCUUUGACCCAGUUGCAGAGUCGAUGGUCUAUAAAGAGGUCAACAUUGUCCCAGGUUUAUAUAAGAUUUUUGAUGAAAUCUUAGUUAAUGCUGCCGAUAAUAAAAUCAAAGAUCCAAGCAUGAAGAACAUAAAAGUUAAAAUUGAUCCGGAAAACAACAUGAUAGAAGUCAUGAAUGAUGGUAAAGGUAUUCCUGUUGAGAUCCACGAUAAAGAGAAAAUGUAUAUUCCUGAAUUAAUUUUUGGAAAUUUAUUGACUUCUUCAAAUUAUGAUGAUAAUGAAAAAAAAGUAACGGGUGGUCGUAAUGGUUUCGGUGCUAAGUUAUGUAACAUCUUUUCCACUGAGUUUAUAUUAGAAACUGCGGAUUUAAAUACUGGGUUGUUAUAUAAACAAACUUGGACUGAUAAUAUGUCUAAGAUUUCUAAACCAAAGAUAACUAAAUUAAAAACUAAGAAAGAAUAUACUAAGGUUACUUUCAAACCUGAUUUAUCUAAGUUCAACAUGACUUCUUUGGAUGAAGAAACAUUGGCCGUUUUAACAAGAAGAGUUUACGAUUUAUGUGGUACUGUCAGCAAUUGUAAUAUUUACUUAAAUGAUAAGAAAUUGAAUAUUCGAAACUUUAAGAGUUACGUUGAAAUGUAUGUUAAGGCGAUCAAAGAAAGAAACCCAGAUCCUGAACCUGUCGAUGGCCAUGUCCAAAAUUACACUACUAUUGUUCAUGAAGUAUUUAAUGACAGAUGGGAAGUAGCAUUUGCCGUCAGUGAUGGAACUUUCAAUCAAGUUAGUUUUGUAAAUUCCAUUGCAACAACCGCGGGUGGAACUCAUGUAAAACAUGUAUCUGAUCAAAUAAUUACUAAAUUAAUAGCUACUCUCGCUAAGAAGGAAAAAGGUAAAAAAAAGUUAAUGAUUAAAGCACAAGAAGUGAAAAACAAUAUGUUUUUAUUUAUAAACUGUCUUGUUGAAAAUCCUGCCUUUACUUCGCAGACUAAAGAACAAUUAACUACAAAGGUAUCACAAUUUGGAGGUAAGCCAAGUGAAAAAAUUGCGAUCAGUGAACAGUUCAUAAAUAAAAUAUUAAAAACUAGUAUCGUUGAUAAAAUCAGAUCGAUUGCUAACGCCAAUGAGGAUAAGGCAUUGCAAAAAGUUGAUGGCUCCAGAAAGCUGAGAAUUAAGGGCCAAGUGAAAUUAGUUGAUGCAAAUAGAGCUGGUACAAAGGAGGGACAUAAGUGUACCCUUAUUUUGACAGAGGGUGAUUCGGCGUUAUCGUUGGCUGUAGCAGGUUUAGCGGUCGUUGGUAGGAAUUAUUACGGGUGCUUUCCAUUGAGAGGUAAAUUAUUGAAUGUUAGAGAAGCUUCCACUGAACAAGUAUCUAAGAACGUUGAAAUUAAUGCUUUGAAACAAAUUAUAGGCUUGCAACACAAGAAACACUAUAGUUUAGAAAAUAUUAAUACUUUAAGAUACGGCCAUAUUAUGAUUAUGACAGAUCAAGAUCAAGAUGGUUCGCAUAUUAAAGGUUUGAUUAUUAACUUUUUGGAAACCAGUUUUCCAGGUUUAUUACAGGUUCCAGGCUUUUUGUUAGAGUUCAUCACUCCUAUUGUCAAAGUGACAGUUAAUAAGAGAGGAAGUGGUAAACAGGUUAUCCCAUUCUAUACUAUGCCAGAAUUUGAAAGAUGGAGAGAUACAGAGGGUCUCACUUGUCGUUGGACUCAAAAGUAUUAUAAGGGUUUGGGUACAUCAACUGAUGCAGAAGGUAGAGAAUAUUUUUCAGCUCUUGAUAGGCAUUUGAAGACAUUUCAUGCAUUGCAAGGGGAUGAUCAACAAUUAAUUGACUUGGCAUUUUCAAAAAAGAAAGCAGAUGAUAGAAAAGAAUGGUUGCAAGGAUUUGAGCCAGGUACCCAUUUGGACCCUGAUUUAGAAGAAAUCCCAAUAAGUGAUUUUAUCAAUAAGGAAUUAAUCUUAUUUUCAAUGGCCGAUAAUGUUAGAUCAAUACCAUCUGUAUUGGAUGGUUUCAAGCCAGGUCAACGUAAGGUGCUUUACGGUUGCUUCAAAAGAAACUUGAAAUCUGAAAUCAAAGUCAAUCAGUUAGCUGGUUAUGUUUCUGAAAAUACAGGAUAUCACCAUGGUGAACAAUCGUUAGUUCAGACUAUUAUUGGUUUAGCACAAGAUUUCAUUGGUUCGAAUAAUUUAAACAUUCUUAAGCCAAAUGGUUCCUUUGGUUCCAGAGCAGCUGGUGGUAAAGAUUACUCAGCUCCGAGAUAUAUUUUCACGGAAAUAAAUGAAAUUACCCGUAAAAUCUUUAAUCCCUUAGAUAAUGCUUUGUAUAAGUAUGUCCAGGAUGAUGAACAAACCGUGGAACCUGAGUGGUAUUUGCCAGUUUUGCCAAUGAUUUUAGUUAAUGGUGCAGAAGGUAUUGGUACUGGUUGGUCUACUAACGUUCCUCCUUUUAAUCCUAUCGACAUCGUGAAUAAUAUUAAGAAGUUAAUGAAUGGAGAAGAAAUGAAUGAAAUGUCACCAUGGUAUAGAGGGUGGGAGGGAGAAGUUGUGACCAAUGGUAAGGAUAAGUUUAAGAUUAUUGGAAGAAUUGAGCAAACUGGUGAAACCGAAGUAGAAAUCACAGAGAUUCCUGUUAAAACAUGGACUAACAAUAUGAAAGAGUUUUUGUUGAACGGUUUAGGUACUGAAAAAGUUAAACCUUGGAUCAAAGACAUGGAAGAACAACACGGGAUGAAUAUAAGGUUUGUCGUUAAGCUUAGUGCUGAAGAAAUGGCUAAGUCGUUAAAAGUUGGAUUACUAGAAAGGUUUAACUUGAUCUCAUCUGUCAGUUUAACUAAUAUGGUAGCAUUUGAUCCAAUGGGUAAAAUCAAAAAAUAUGAAAGUCCCUUGGAAAUUAUGAAAGAUUUUUACUAUGUCAGAUUGGAGUACUAUCAACGUCGUAAAGAUCAUAUCACCGAUGAAAUGCAACAUCAAUUGACUAAAUUAUCUGAACAAGCAAGAUUCAUUAAAUUAAUCAUCGAUAAAGAAUUAUCAAUUUCUAAUAAAAAACGAUCUCUUUUGGUUGAUAUAUUACAAAAAUUGAAAUUUGUCAGAUUUGACAAAAAUGGCAAACCAGUCAAUGAAGCUAAUGACCCUGCACUUUUUGUCGAUGCUGAUGAAGUAGCCGAAGAAGAAGAAGAAGAAGUUGGAGACAUCAGUCAAAUCAAUGCCGGUCGUAUUCCUAACGAAGAUAGUAAUGAGCAUAAACCUGAAACAGUUUAUUCACAUUAUGAUUAUUUAUUAGGUAUGACAAUUUGGUCUUUGACGAGAGAAAGAUAUGAAAAGCUCUUGAAACAAAAAGAAGACAAAGAAAAUGAAUUGAAUAUUUUGUUGCUGAAGUCGGCUAAAGAUCUUUGGAACGAAGACUUAGAGGACUUUUUAAAAAGUUGGCAGUUAUUCUUGGAAGAUGAUUUCCGUAAGAGAUCAAAUAUAGUUCCUGCUAAAGGAACAAAGAGGAAAGCCAGAAGAACCAAGGCCGUGAAACAGGAGCCAAAUGAACCACCAAAGAAAAAGACAACUGCUGCUAAAAAACAAUCUACGUUGCCCAUACCAGUAAAGAAGGAAGCAAGUAGUGAAUUUCCUUCAUUUUUCACUGAAAGCAAAUCACCAUCCGUAGAAGAGAAAAAGAAAACAGUAGCAUCUAGAUUUGAUGAUAGUGAUGACGACGAAAUCUUGGGCCUUUUCAAUUCUAAAUCCACGUCUAGUUCCAAGCCUAUAGUGAAUUCAACUCCGGAGCCAUCAACUAAGUCAAGAUCAAAAUCUCCAAAGCCAUCGAAGGGUAGUGGGUUGAGGGAGGAGAUUGACGAUUUGGCUAUUGAAGAUAACGCACAGUAUGCCCAACCUCCUUCCGGCAAAAGAAAAAAGAAAUCGGCAGUUUCUUACAAACUAGUUUCAAGCGACGAAGAAGCUUUCGAAAUCAGCGAUGAAGAAGAAAGUGAUGAGGAGUACGAAGAGGAUUAA